CACGCCAUUUACCAGAUUUUGUUUCAAGCAGCAACAUCUUGAAUUUCAAAAUGCCGAAAAUUAGAAGAGUGCAGUCCCCAUCUAUUGAUUGCAGUAGAUCAUAUCCUUAUCCUUCCAGCUCCCAAAAUGUUGAACGGCAUAAACCUAUGAAUUUAUUGGGAUCAGUUGAUGAAAUGAAAGAAUGGGAGGACGCCAGGUGUCCUAUUUGCAUGGAACCCCCUCAUAAUGCUGUUCUUCUGAAAUGUUCUUCCCAUGAGAUAGGUUGCCGUUCUUAUAUGUGCAAUACCAGUUACCGGCACUCCAACUGCCUUGACCAGUUUUGUAAGUCAUUUGCUUCUCAUCUCUCAUCAGCAGUACUGCAAGAAAUUCCUCUCACAAGCACAAGCUCCAGUAGUAGGGAAUUUCAGUCAGAGCCCCGGUACCCCUCUGAAUGUGGGAGCCAGCGGCAACCAAAGCUCAUCUGCCCUCUUUGCCGAGGAGAAAUAUAUGGAUAUAUGGUUUUGGAGCCUGCUCGUAGCUAUAUGAAUUCUAAAUCAAGGAAUUGCUCUUCUGAGACGUGUGAAUUCCAGGGGACAUAUCCAGAACUCAGGAAGCAUGCUAGGUCUGAGCAUCCUUAUGUUCGACCGUCAGAGGUGGAUCCCUCACGACGGUCUGAUUGGUUAAGGAUGGAACAGGAAAGGGACUUAGAAGAUCUUGUUAGCUCUAUCCAUGCAAGAUCUGGUUCAGAAUACAAUAGAGACAUCAUUUUGGCUGGGGGUCUUGCUGGCUUGAUGUCCUUGUUCUUGUUUGAAAUCUUUUCCUCUAUUCAAGAUGUUAACCGGAUGGCUACUUUGUCCUUUAAUUCAAGGCAUAGAGUGCCCUUACAUGACUUAAGGUCUGGAACAAUGCAGUGGGUAUCAAAUGAUACACAGACAAAUCAAUCAGCUAGAUGGAGAUCCAAUUUACCUUCAGCUCAUCAAACGGAGAGAAGUAGUGGAGGUAGAAGGGGAAAUAAUUUAUCAUCAUCCCUUGAUCUGGAGGCUAAUCGUACAGCUAGAUGGAGAACAAAUUUAUCAUCUUCAAGAAUCCCUCGUGAUGUUCAUCAGUAUUAUACAGAGAUCAGAACUUCUUCAACAAGGGCCUCACAAGUUACUCAGACUAAUUCUCAGAGCAACAUUCCUUCAUCUGGAAGAAUUCCCGGUCAUCAAUUACGCUGGCGUGAUCAAAGGUGGUCAACACACUAUAAUCAGGAUGGCAAUAGAUUUUUGUGAUGGACAAAAUAGUCUGUGUCAUGUAACUACAAAAGCUUACUUCUGCUAUGUACUAUUGAGAUUCUUCAAUUAUCAUUUCA